AUGGCGAGGUGGGCAGCUGCAGAAUGGGAUGAUUGGAAACAAACCCAACAAGGCAACAACAAAAACGACGCUCCACCAUCGACGACUCCAGCUGGACUCGUUGCGCCUUCUCAUUGCCCUUGCGAGGCACAAGGGGUGGGAGGUACACCACAUGGACGUCAAAUCAGCAUUCUUGAAAGGCGGUCUACAGAGGGAGUCUACAUCAAGCAGUCGGCUAACUUCGUCAUUACCGGCAAGGAGAACAAGGUGCUCAAGCUUUGGAUGUAUGGUCUACAUCAAGACCUGUGGGCCUGGAAUGUAAAGCUGAACACCACGCUGAUGUUGCUCGGCUUCAAGAGGAGCACGUCGGAGCACAUCAUACACAUCAGGCAGAACGACGAAUCGAAACUGAUGGUUGGGGUCUACGUCGAUGUUCUCGUGAUCACCCGCUCGAGCUGUAGCGACAUCAAGUCAUUCAAGAUGGAGAUGGCAACCACGCAAGAUUCUGGAGAAGAGGGUCAUGGCUGGUGCAGUCCAUGCUAUGUGCCUAUGGAGGCACGACUAAUAUUGAGAAAAUUUAGCUCAGAGUUCGCAGUCGACCAGACGGGGUACAAGAGCAUCGUCAGGAGCUUAAGUGUGGCCCAUUCGGGUUCGGCAAUAGCCCCAAAAUUCUUGGUCGAGGGACAGGUUUACUGCGAAGUUUGCCGCACCAACUUCAUCAACAAACUUAGUGAGCCCAUGCCAGGGGCGAGCGUGCGGCUGCAGUGUAGAGGGGAGGAGGAGGGCAACAUUACGUACAGCCAAGAAGGGGUGACUGAUGAUGAGGGAAUGUACCACCUAACUGUGGAAGGUGACCAUGGGGAAGAAGAGUGUGCGGUGACUCUUUUCAAGAGCAGCAGAGCCGACUGCAGCGAGGUCCCGGAUGAGGGGUGGGCCACAAGGCCCUCUUCCAAAGUCAUCCUCACAAGAAACAGUGGUUUUCACGAUGAUACUCGUCAUGCCAACCCAAUAGCCUUCACCACAAAAAAAGCGGCGCCAAAAUGUGGCCAUCUCUUGAAAGAGCUCCAAAUUAUGCCCAAUGAGCUUUAA